UAAAGAUGCUCUAACACAGAAAAUGGCUUACCGUCUUUGCUCCUCUUCUGCUUCCUCUCUCUUCCACGACCCACCCUCCUUCUCUCUCUCUUCCCGCAAACCCAAACUUCGAAACUUUCCUUCUUCUCUCACUCCUCAAUCCAAAACCAUUCUCCAAUCCAACCAUGUCUCCCUACAACAACCCAUUCCACAACAACAAUCCGAAAUAGACGCUAAUUUUGAUAACCCAGUUGCGAAAUCUACUCCCAAAAGCCCCGGAGCCAAACAGUUCGGGAAGAAAUCUUAUAAUGCAAGGUACACUUCUCUUGCUAAGCUUUCCAACUCUUUGGAUUCAUGUGAUCCCAAUAUAGAUGAUGUCUCUCGAAUUUUUGAGAGUUUAGGAGAUAAUCUUAUAGGAAAAGACGCUGUGAUUAUCAUCAAUAACAUGGAGAAUUCUGUUGUUGUACCUUUUGUUCUUCGGUAUAUACAGAGCAAGAUUAGAGGUGUUAGAGAGGUGGUUCUUUAUAAUGUUACACUCAAGGUGUUUAGAAAGUGUAGGGAUUUCGAUGGUGCAGAGAAGGUGUUUGAUGAAAUGGUUAACCGAGGGCUGAAGCCGGAUAAUGUUACUUUUUCGACUAUAAUUAGCUGUGCGACGUCUUGUAAUUUGCCGAAUAAGGCUGUGGAAUGGUUUGAGAAGAUGCCGUCGUUUGGAAUUGAGCCGAAUGAUGUUACGUUUUCUACGUUGAUUAAGAUGUAUGGGGUGGCGGGGAAUUAUGAUGCAUGUUUGAAUAUUUAUGAAGAAAUGAAGGCUCUUGGUGUUAAGCCUAACUUGGUUGUUUAUAACACUCUUUUGGAGGCCAUGGGGAGAGCUAAGAGGCCAAGGCAGGCCAAAAGUAUAUAUAAAGAGUUGAUAAGUAAUGGACUAAUUGCAAAUCGAGCAACCUAUGCGUCUCUCAUACAUGCUUAUGGUAUAUCACGGUUUUGUGAAGAUGCUCUUGUUAUGUAUAAGGAAAUGAAGGAAAAGGGAAUGGAUUUGAAUACGAGUCUUUAUAAUACCCUUUUAGCUAUGUGCGCUGAGGUUGGCUUACUUGAGCAAGCGUUUGAUAUUUUUGAAGACAUGAAAGGUUGUGAUACUUGCUGUCCGAACAGUUGGACGUUCUCGUCGAUGAUUACCAUAUAUUCCCGCUUUGGGAAAGUUGCAGAGGCUGAAAGGUUGAUGAGUGAAAUGAUUGAAUCUGGAUUUGAGCCUGAUAUUUUUGUUCUGACUUCGCUCGCCCAAUGCUAUGGAAAAGCCAAGCGUAUUGAUGAUGUUGUGAAGACAUUUAAUCAGCUAUUGGAUAUGGGCAUUGAACCGAACGAUCAUUUCUGCGUUUGUCUUCUGAAUGUUAUGUCCCAAACACCAAAAGAAGAACUUGGUAAGAUAAUAGAUUGUAUGGCGAAGGCUAACCCGAAACUUGGGUCGGUGGUGAGAUAUUUGGUGGAAGGGCUGGAGGGUGAUGGAGAGUUCAAGGUAGAUGCGAUAGAACUCUUCGGUUCAAUUACUAAUGGAGUAAGGAGGGCAUUUUGCAAUUCUCUGAUUGAUAUUUGUAUCAACUUGGAUUUGCUGGACAAAGCAUGUGUGCUUCUUGACCUUGGUUUGACACUUGAGAUAUAUACCGAUUUACAAUCCAAGUCUCAAACUCAGUGGUCUUUGCACUUAAAGGGUCUCUCCGUUGGAGCUGCACUGACAGCAUUUCAUGUUUGGAUAAAUGACUUGGCUAAGUCUUUUGAAUCAGGAGAGGACCUUCCGCCUCUUCUUGGGAUGAACACUGGUCACGGGAAACACAGGUAUUCCGAGAAAGGUUUGGCAGGUGUUAUUGAGUCGCAUUUGAAGGAACUCAACGCUCCAUUUCGGGAGUCUCCCGAUAAGGCUGGCUGGUUUUUGACUACACAGGUAGCAGUCAGUUCAUGGAUUAAGUCUAGGGAUUUGUCCAAACUAGUUGUUGCGUAAUUUCUGAACUAUGCGGUUAUCCGAUGCUCUAGCAAUGCCUUUUUUAUAUUCAUAAUGUAGUUUUAAUGCACUUUCCUUGUCUUGAGAGGAAAUUUUUGCAUUAGCUUCAUAAGUAACUCUUGUUUUGUAGAAAGUUAGAAAACCCGAUUAACAUACGCCAACCAUUUGAAUUGCAGAAAAAUAAGAAUUCAAUGUCACUUUGAUAUGUUUUAAUAUAAGAUACUAGUAACAAAAACCUGUAUUUAUUUAUUUAAUACAUUUAUUUUUAAUAGAAGGUU